GAUGCAGUUGCCCAUGGCGGCAUCAACUUUAUCCACUUCUUCAUCCAUCCUCAUAACAUUCCACUGUCUGACUACAUAUUUUGUUGUUGGUCAAGACACUAACGUAUUUUAAUUUGGUUCAUUUGCUGCCAAAACAACAGCACACCACCAGUGCCUCAUCGGGAUUUGGUAGUAAAUAUGCUCAUUUUCAAGGCACAGCAGCUUCCCCAUUCCCCAAAAUGCAUUCUCAUCACUCAGAAGAAUACGAGUAAUCUGCUAACUAGCUAGGCUACUUGCUUGAGAAUGUAGACCGGUGUAGAGGUUUCUCAAAUAAUCCCAGGCUGAGUAAACAGUAGCUCAACCAAGUUCAGCACAGUCCGUAGGAGCAAUAGCAUGCUUAUGCUGCAAUUUCCAAUGCUGAAUAAAUGAGGUUGCUUUAUCCAACAAAGAUCUACUUUUUGUAGUCUAGCAAUUAAGGACCUUUAUGAUUGCAAAUAAAGCAGAUCACUCUGCCAGCACCCCACAAAAGACUUGAUGAUUAAACAUGAACAGGACCUUGAGAGAUGUGGUGGAGCAUGAUAAAUAAUUUCCCUCGUCUAGUUGGCAAGAAUGAUGAGACAAGGUUCACUGGCAGUAUUCUAAUACCACUGUUUAGGCCCUGGGGACUGUCUUGCAUCUUUGAUUGGGCCUCUGUGAAUACAUGAGUGGUGAAAGGGAACAGAAUUCUGGCAAAGCAAAGGAUGACUGAAAUAUUCGGACUCAGCAGCACAGGUCUUGCAGCCCCUGGUUUCGGGACCACCACCACUGCUGCGGCCCCCGCUGGCUUCGGCGGCUUUGGCACCACCACCACAGGAUUUGGGGGGCUGGGAGCCGGGAGCACCACGUCUGGUGCUUUUGGGGGUUUUGGGACGACCACUACAUCCGCUGCUGCGCCUGGGUCAACUUUCAGCUUCGCCACUCCUGCAAGCACAACAGGAGGACUGUUUGGUAAUACCCAGAAUAAGGGAUUUGGGUUCUCCUCUGGGCUGGGCACUGGCACUACUGCUGCAGCUGGGUUUGGAACAGGUCUGGGGACAACUCUAGGAGGUGGAUUUGGUGGCUUCAAUAUCCAGCCACAGCAGCAACAGCAAGGAAGCUUUUUUGGGCAGCAGGCCCAGGCCCCAGCCCAGUCUAAUCAGCUCGUCCACACAGCUAACGCCCUGUCUGCCCCCACCCUGCUUGGGGACGAGAGAGAUGCCAUCUUGGCCAAGUGGAAUCAGCUCCAGGCCUUCUGGGGAACAGGCAAGGGCUACUUCAACAACCAACUCCCCCCUGUAGAUUUCACACAGGAGAACCCUUUCUGCAGGUUCAAGGCGGUGGGCUACAGCUGUAUCCCAGGCAGUAAGGAUGAGGAUGGUCUGGUUGUCCUGGCCUUCAAUAAGAAGGAGGCUGAUGUCCGUAGCCAACAGCAGCAGCUGGUUGAGUCUCUACACAAGGUGCUGGGAGGGAACCAGACUCUCACCGUCAACGUAGAGGGAGUCAAAGCCCUGCCUGAUGACCAGACGGAGGUGGUGAUCUAUGUGGUGGAGCGUUCUCCUAACGGCACAUCUAAGAGGAUCCCAGCUACAACACUGUACAGCUAUGUAGAGCAGGCUAACACCAAGGCCCAGCUCACACAGCUAGCAGUUUUCAUGUCUGUUACACGCACUGAGCUCUCACCAGCACAGCUCAAACAGCUGCUGGCGAAUGCACCAGCAGGUGUGGAUCCCAUCAUUUGGGAACAGGCAAAGGUGGAUAACCCUGAUGCGGACAAGUUGAUCCCCGUCCCCAUGGUUGGUUUCAAAGAACUACUCCGCAGACUGAAGAUUCAGGACCAGAUGACCAAACAGCACCAGUCCAGAGUAGACAUCAUCUCUAAUGACAUCAGUGAACUGCAGAAGAACCAGGCAACAACAGUGGCUAAGAUCGCUCAAUACAAGAGGAAGCUGAUGGAUCUCUCUCACAGAGUACUACAGGUGCUGAUCAAGCAGGAGAUUCAGAGGAAGAGUGGCUAUGCCAUCCAGGUGGAUGAGGAGCACCUAAGAGUGCAGCUGGACACCAUCCAGUGUGAACUUAACGCCCCCACGCAGUUCAAGGGGCGUCUGAACGAGCUGAUGUCUCAGAUCCGCAUGCAGAACCACUUUGGGGCGGUGCGCUCAGAGGAACGAUAUAGUGUGGACGGGGACCUUCUCAGAGAGAUCAGACAGCACCUAAAGCAGCAGCAGGAGGGUCUGAGUCAGCUGAUCAGUGUGAUCAAAGAUGACGUGGAAGACAUCAAACUGAUAGAACAUGGCCUCCUGGACAGACUCGGCUGACCUCAAAGGUCUUCCCAGGCCUCACGUGGCCCUGAAUCUCUCUCUCACUGCUGACAAACGUUAAAGGGACAUGCCUCUUCUUAGCAAGGCAUAUAUCUGUCUUUUCUAUGGUCUGUCUCCUACUCAAAGGUGCUUUCUCACACAGAUUAAUCCUUGUCCUGGACUAAUGGCUCAAUGGUGAAUCUCAAUCAAAAAUGCUUUUUAGUCCAGGACUAGGCAUCAUUUUUGUUUUGGAAACUGCCCCUAAAACCCCCAAACAUCUAAACUGGAACAAGGCCGCCUUAGAAAAACUGCCAGACCGUCUGGUGGACACUGUCUGGUUGACAGCCAGUAAAAUGUGACUGUUCGAUGAUUUGGUGCGAUAUUCAACACAUUGUAAAUAAAUACGCCUUUUAUUAUUGCUUUAGUAAUAUUUUAUAUGAUGGAAUAAGAAUUAUACACAAGCCCAACAUGGUUUAAUAAAAUGUCAUUGAGAAGCCUUUUUCAACAUGA